AUGGCUCGCGACGACUCGCUCAAGCGCUCACUCGGUACGCUGUCCAGGACCAUUAAAGAGUCGCGAGUGCUUCUCGUGGGCGCUGGCGGCAUCGGUUGCGAGCUACUCAAGAACCUCCUCCUUACCGGCUUUGGCGAAAUCCACAUAAUCGACCUCGAUACCAUUGAUCUAAGCAAUUUGAAUCGCCAGUUCCUCUUCCGCUUCGAGCAUAUCAAAAAAUCGAAAGCUCUGGUCGCGAAGGAGGUUGCACAUAAAUUCCAGCCCAGCGCAAAACUCGAGGCAUAUCAUGCAAACAUCAAAGAUACCCAGUUCAACGUGGACUGGUUUGGAACUUUCAAUGUGGUGUUCAACGCCCUGGAUAACCUCGAUGCUCGUCGCCAUGUGAACCGGAUGUGCUUGGCUGCCAACGUGCCGUUGAUUGAGAGUGGAACGACGGGGUUCAAUGGUCAAGUCCAGGUGAUCAAGAAGAGUCAAACCGAAUGUUACGAUUGCAAUUCUAAAGAAGUCCCGAAAUCCUUCCCCGUCUGUACCAUUCGCAGUACCCCCAGCCAACCCAUUCAUUGUAUUGUCUGGGCCAAAAGCUACCUCUUUCCUGAGCUGUUUGGCACUAGCGAGGAUGAGACAGAGGCUUUUGAUCAUACUGAGGAUUCUGAAAAUGCGGAAGAAAUUGCCAACCUCCGUCGGGAAGCGCAAGCGCUCAAAAACAUCCGUCAGUCGAUGGGCUCCGAAGAGUUCCAUCGGAAGGUCUUUGAGAAAGUAUUCAAGGAGGACAUCGAUCGUUUACGGGGCAUGGAAGACAUGUGGAAGACUCGCCAGCCCCCAGAGUCCCUGGACUUUGAUAAGGUAUCUGGUGAAUCAUCCUCCAUCGAGGCCUCAAUCUCCGACAAUGAUCAAAAGGUGUGGUCGUUAGCAGAAGACUUUGUUGUUUUCAAGGACAGUUUGGAUCGCCUAAGCAAAAGAUUAAAGACCCUCCAGGAAACAACUAAAGAGGGCGAUGCGCAACCUAUUCUAGACUUUGACAAAGAUGACGUUGAUACCUUGGAUUUUGUCGCAGCCAGUGCCAACCUACGAUCGACGAUUUUCGGAAUUGAACCCAAAUCAAAGUUCGAUAUCAAACAGAUGGCCGGUAACAUUAUCCCCGCAAUUGCGACUACCAACGCCAUGACUGCCGGUCUUUGCGUUCUGCAAGCCGUUAAGGUGCUGAAGAAUGACUUUGAAAAUGCUAAGAUGGUUUUCCUGGAGCGCUCAGGUGUCCGAGCAAUCAAUUCCGACUCCCUCAAACCACCAAACCCCAACUGCCCCAUCUGCUCUGUAGCUCAGGGAAGGAUCACCAUUGAUCCGGAGCGUGCAACUGUGAAUGAUUUGGUCGAGAGCGUACUCCGCCUUCAGCUAGGCUAUGGCGAAGAGUUCUCCCUCAACACUGACAUUGGAACUAUCUACGAUCCCGAUCUUGAAGACAACUUGCCCAAGAAGCUAUCAGAUCUGGGCGUGAAAGAUGAAAGUUUUAUUACGGUUGUGGAUGAGGAUGAUGAGCCACGCGUGAACCUUGAACUUGUUGUCAUGGUCCCUGAAAAAUCGGAAGCCCCCACAGAGGGCAAGAAGCCUGUGUCACUUGAGAAGGUCAUUGACAUUCCACUAAAGCCUAAGACCCCGGCACCUGUCAGUGAACCUGUGAAUAUCACUCCCGCCACCGAAGCCGUCACAGGCAAACGGAAGGCCGAAGAAGCCGGUUUGAGUAACGGCCAUGACCGAGCGAAACGCGUUGCGAACGGCUCUGCUACAGAUGGAGACGGAGCAAAUCCUAUUGUCUUGGACGAGACGGAUGGAGGAGCCAUCUUGAUUGAUGAUUGA